AUGACUGAUAACAUAAAGAGCAUCGUAGAAGGUGAUUUGGAUCUAUACGAGUUCCUAGGAUGUUCUUCCGAUGCAUCAGCCGACCAAAUCCGUCGUCUAUAUAGGAAGAAGGCUCUACAGUAUCAUCCUGAUAAGCAAAGUGGUAAUGCUCUCAAGUUUGAUCUCCUAUUCAAAAUUUAUACAGUACUCUCUGAUGCCCAACUUCGACGUCAGUAUGAUAGUAUAAGAGCCUACAAAAUCGCUAAGGAGUCAAGAGACCAACGACUAGAUGAAUUGACUAAGGGGUUUAAACAACAGCUAGAGGCUAAAGAAUGGCUUCAACAACAGACUAACCAACUGGCCAAAGUGAAACAACUGCGAGAUGCAAAAGUUAGAGCCUUGGCUAUAGAUGGGAUGAAUAGAAUAAGACAACUAGAACAUGAGCUACGGAAUAAUAAUAUAAAUAAGACCCAUGUUUCCUUUAACCAAUUGGAAGCAGUUUCUCCUCUCAAAACUUAUGUGACAUUUGAUAACGUUUGGGAUAAGACAGUCGUGGUGCGAUGGAAGUACAAGGAAAGUCUAGGCGAUAAUGCGUUUACAGCGGAUGUGUUACAAGAGAUCAUGAGUAAAUUUGGACCCAUAGCAAGGGUUUCCAUAUGGGAUCAUGUAAAGGGUCAAAGGUAUAGUUAUGGUACUGUGGAGUUCAAUAAGUUAUCUGAUGCUUAUGAUGCGACUCAACAUGAUUAUUCUCGUUCAGCAAGUAGAUGGGAUGGCACUAAUGUACGGAAACUUGCAAGUUUGCUUCGAAGCUGCGAGUUUGAAUCUGACUAUAAAGAUCGGAUGGGUAAGAAGGAAGAUAUUUUAACUUCGAUUUUAGAAGCAAAGAAAGUUCGAUAUCAAGAAAAUAUCCAUUUGGAUAAUGUCUUAUUCCCGUUCAUGAAAAAACAAUUAUUACAAGAUGUCGAGAUGUCAAAUACGUAUCUGACUUGA